UGCUAUAAAAGAGAGUGCUAGAGCUGCUGGUGACAUAAGCUCCAGCAGAUUGAGAUUCAGAAACACAGUACAAGAAAACACCAGAGAGAAAAGAGACCUCAGACGCCAGCAGAGCUGAAACAGAAGCACUCACACUGACGAGUGAAGAGCAGAGCAGCUUAAGAGCAGUUUUUCUUUCCUGGUCAUCGUCAGUGUUCCUGGACUUGGAGGUUUGAGGAGUGUUUGUUUGGUUUGAAUUUGGAUGGGCUCUGGCUUUGUCUUUCCUGAGAUUGAGACUUUUCUUCAAACACACCAGGAAGAGCAAGAAAAGCCAAGUCUGAGACUGUGUCUAAGCAGGCACUCCUGUUUAGUGUUACCUUUGAUUCAAACUAGAUCUAAUUACAUACCCAUUUGGGCUCCUGUUCUGCCAAUGGCUGCUGUGCGUCAGAUGGUUAUUGAGGCCUCUGGCUUCCACGUCCUGCCAGCUCACCUUAUGGCCUCAGCCAUGGAGGAGUUCCCCCAGCAGCUUCCAGUCCCCAAAGGCCCAGCAAAGGGCAAGAGCCGCUCCCGCCGACCUCGUGAGGCUCGCUUUAAAACACAGCCUGUCACCUUUGCUGAGAUCGCAGAGGUAGAAGAAGAAGGUUCAUCACCCCUGGAGGAGGAGAGGGCCCGCCGCUCCUUCCUUCAGUCCCUGGAGAACCUGCGGCGGAGCACACAGACCCUCCACGCUGCCCAUCACAACUGCACCCCCACAUCCACACAAGCCAGCCUGGACUCCAGUGAUUCCGACUCUACGCACUGA